AUGCCGUUUAAAGGGUUGAGAACCGUCUUCUUCCAUCCCUCCAGGGACGACUCUACAAUUACUUCUUCUACUUCUACUUCGUCUUCCCGAUCACCACACACCCCUUCUCCUCUGACAAGCACACCUUCCACUCCCCUCCACCACUUCUCGGAAUCAAUGAUAGAUGAGAAGGUGGAACAAGCCAAGUCCAUCAUCACCAAGUGGGAUCCCAAUUCCUCCACCAUCGCCAAAGUCACCUCUCUCUUCUACGAGAGCCGAUUCGAAGCCAAGGAAUUCCUCAAAUCCGUCAAUCAAUUGCAGCAGGCCAUGCAUUUCUUUGCCUCCCACAACUCCUCCUCCUCUCACAAGCUCGUCCAUGCUCAGAACCUCAUGCAGAUCGCCAUGAAGCGUCUCCAGAAGGAAUUUUACCAGAUUCUCUCUUCCAAUCGCGACCACCUCGACCCCGAAUCUGUCUCCGCUAGAUCCAGCGUCUCUGAAUACGAAGACGACACCGGUUCCGAUGAUGAGAUUCAGCUUGCCGGCAAAUCCAUCUCCGAAGUCGAGAAGUUUUCCACUCUCGCCAUGUCCGAUCUCAGCUCCAUCGCCGAGUGCAUGAUCUCGUCCGGCUACGGCAAAGAGUGCAUCAAGAUCUACAAGAUUAUGAGAAAGUCCAUCGUCGACGAGGCUCUCUACAAGCUCGGAGUCGAGCGUCUCACCUCUUCGCAGAUCCGUAAGAUGGAAUGGGAUGUCGUCGAACUCAAGAUCAAGAACUGGCUUAACGCCGUCAAAAUUGCAGUGAAAUCUCUCUUCCACGGCGAAAGAAUCGUCUGUGAUAACGUCUUCUCCACUACCUCCGACUUUGUCCGGGAGGCUUGUUUCUCCGAAAUCACCAAAGAAGGAGCCGUCUUUCUCUUCCGGUUCCCCGAAUACGUGGCCAAGUGCCACAAAUCACCGGAGAAGAUAUUCAGAAUGCUCGACCUCUAUGAUGCCAUCUCUGAACUCUGGUCAGACAUCGAUUCCAUCUUCUCCGACGACUCCACCUCUGUCGUCCGCUCUCAAGCUCUGAAUUCACUCAUGAUGCUGGGAGACACUGUUCGAUCUAUGCUAUCGGACUUCGAUUCCGCUAUUCAGAAGGACUCAUCGAAAACCCCUAUAUCCGGAGGUGGUCUUCAUCCUCUGACUCGAUACGUAAUGAAUUAUCUGUGUUUCCUCACCGAUUACAGUGGAAUCCUCUCCGAUAUAAUUGCCAAUAGCCCAUUGCCGGAGAAUACAUCUCUCCCAGAAUUUUACUUUGACAGCCCUGACCCUAUCGACAAUCCAUCGUCGGCUUUGGCCACUAGGAUGGCUUGGAUCAUACUGAUGCUCCUCUGCAAGAUCGACGGAAAGGCGAGACUAUACAAAGACUCAGCAGCCUUGGCUUAUCUAUUCCUCACCAAUAAUCUCGAGUAUGUAGUGCAGAAGGUCCAAACCUCCAAUCUGAAGUUUCUGUUGGGAGAGGAUUGGAUAUCGAAGCACAAGGCAACGGUGAACCAGUACGCAGCCAGUUACGAGCGGGUGGGAUGGAGCAAGGUGCUAUCGUCUAUACCAGAAAAUCCGACGAUGACAUUAGAGGAGGCGAAGCAGUGUUUCAACAACUUCAAUUCGGCGUUCGAGCAGACAUACACAACUCAGUCGUCGUGGGUCGUGACGGACAGAAAGCUUAGGGAAGAGAUUAAGUUAUCCAUCGCCAAGAAACUUGUGCCGGCGUACGGGAAAUUCUACCGCAAGUAUCGGGGUAUGCUAAGAAGCGAUAACGAUACGGAGUCAGUUGUCAGAUUUGCUCCUGAUGAUCUGGGGAAUUACUUAUCGGAUCUGUUCUACGGGACCGGAGCUUCGGGGAGUGCUUCGUCGUUGGUGUGUUCUUCUCCAGCGCAAUCGCGAGGAAAGCAUUGUAGACGAUGAGAGUGAGACACACAA